UCUAUGCUGUUGCUGCUGUUGGCACACAUAGCCGUAAACACUGAUUAUGCCAUUGUUGCUAGCAAACUACUAUCAGCAGCAACUUCAGCAACGGCAGCAGCGGCGAGUUGCUAGCAACAACGGCAUGUUACUUGAAUACAAAAGCCAUUGCAAUACAAAUCGGGCCAGCAACAAUUGCAGCAGCAACAGCAACAUCAGCACCAGCAGCAGCAACAACAUCAACCAGCGACAGCUGUCCGCAGCGGAAGCACUAACAAUGUCAACACCGACAACAACAUCGAAAUAUAAAAUCAAUGGCGAGGCCACCGAAAGCGUUGCGGCAUCCACAUUGCUCUAUCAUCAUCCGCAUCACAGCCAUCAUCAUCAUCACCAUCAGCAGUCGCAGCAGCAGCAGCAGCAACAUCAUCAUCAGCAGCAGCAGUUGCUGCUGCAGCAGCAGCUCCUGCAGCAACGUGUUGCCGGCAGUUCGCCGCUGCAACAUCUGAGCAAUCUGUUUGGCCAGCAUUUGCCUACGCACAGUCUGCAGCAUUUGAUUGCCGCCGAGUACUGGCAGCAGCAACAGCAGCAGCAACAACAACAGCCAGCAGCAACAAUUAAAAGCGAGCCAACAACUCAAUCAGUGGCAGCAACAUCGGUCUUUGGCUUCACGCCGCAGCAACAAGUCAAUUUUGCCGCCUCAUUAGUCGCAUUACAGCAAAAUGAUGCCCUGCCCGAGGCAACAAUGGCAACAGCAAUGCCGACACCAGCGACAACUGCAUCAGCAUCUGCAGCAGCAGCAGCAGCAACAGCAACGGGCCCUGCAGCAGCGACAACAUCAGCAACAUCGCAGGCGCCAACAGCAACAAUUGACGACAUCGAUGAUGAUGAUGACGACAGCAACGUCGGCAACCACAUGCAAAGUUCAGGCGUUGGCAACUUUAAAUUCGAGCCAAGCCAACAACAUGCCGGGGCUGCGAAUGAAGCCGUCCUAACGAGUCCCGGGGAGAACAAAGAUGGAACUUUGACUGCUGUUGACACAAAUAUGCGCGAUGUCAGCGCAAAUCACAGCAGCUCCUUCCUCUCGUCCUCCCCCGCCUCCUCGGCCCGCGUGUCCUGCCACUCCCCCUCCGCGUCGCCCCCUUCGGAACAGGACGAGGAGACGAGGAUGCAGGACAAGAAGCUAACGCUCGAAUUGAAGUUGCAAUCGUGUGAUGAAUAUGUUGAGCAGCCAAAGGAUACAGGAGCCGAACGGCUGCACCCAGCUCAGAUUGCCAGCAACAAUGCUUCGUCGCCUCUGCAAUUGAAAGUGGAGGAGCAGGAGGAGCGGGAGGAGCGGGAGGAGGAAAAGGAUAAGGUCCUGGAACUGACCGGAGCAGCAGUUGCUCUCUAUGGCCACUUGAACAAUGCCAGCAAGGAUGUGCGAGAUUUAGAGCAGUGCCUGAAAUUGCAGGACCCAAGUGAUAUCAGUCGCCUGUCGCGUUCGCCGUCGCCACUUCAAUCGAAUGCUUCCGAUUGCGAUGACAAUAACUCGAGUGUUGGCACCUCGAGCGAUCGCUGUCGAUCUCCCCUGAGUCCCGCCUUGUCCUUGACCCACCAGCAGGCCAAACGCCAGCUGAUGUCGCUGCAGCCCCACCCGGCCCACCACCACCACAAUCCGCACCACCUAAACCACCACCAGUUUAAGCAGGAGGAGGACUACGAGGAUGCCAAUGGCGGGGCCCUGAACUUGACCAGCGACAACAGUCGCCACAGCACUCAGUCGCCGGCGAACUCGGUGAAGUCGGCCAAUGCCUCGCCUGCUCCGGUGAUUUCCGUGCCCUCGCCGGUGGCGCCCAUGAUCUCCCCGGUUCUGGGGCCCUCGGGUGGGUCCAGCACACCCAACUCCAUGGCAGCAGCAGCCGCAGCAGCCGCCGCCGUGGCCUCUUCGAUGGGGAGUGGCAUCUCGCCCCUGCUGGCCCUGCCGGGAAUGUCCUCGCCACAGGCUCAGCUAGCUGCAGCCGGCCUGGGAAUGAACAAUCCUCUGCUGACCGGCUCCCUGUCGCCGCAGGACUUUGCCCAGUUCCAGCAGUUGCUUCAGCAGCGUCAGGUGGCCUUGACGCAGCAGUUCAACAGCUACAUGGAGCUGCUGAGGAGUGGCUCCCUGGGACUGGCCCAGGAUGAUCCGGCCCUGACCGCCCAGGUGGCAGCUGCUCAGUUCCUAAUGCAGAGCCAACUGCAGGCCUUGGCCCAGGCCACCCAACAGUUGCAGGCCCUGCAAAAGCAGCAACAGAGGCAGCAGGAGGAGCCACUGCAGCUGAACCACAAGAUGACCGCGCAGCAGCAGCCGCGCAGCUCCACACCGCACUCCACAAGGAGUCCCAUUGCUAUACGCAGUCCGGCCAGCUCACCCCAGCAGCUGCACCACCAGCACCACCACCACCACCACCCCCUGCAGAUCACUCCGCCCAACUCGGCGGCCAGUCUGAAGCUGAGUGGCAUGCUGACCCCCAGUACGCCCACCAGCGGCACCCAGAUGACCCCGGGCACCACCACCCCGCAGCCCAAGACGGUGGCCAGUGCAGCGGCCGCCCGGGCAGCGGGUGAGCCCUCGCCGGAGGAGACCACCGACCUGGAGGAGCUGGAGCAGUUCGCCAAGACAUUCAAGCAGCGGCGGAUAAAGCUGGGCUUCACCCAGGGAGACGUGGGCCUGGCCAUGGGCAAGCUCUACGGCAACGACUUCUCGCAGACCACCAUUUCGCGGUUCGAGGCCUUGAACCUGAGCUUCAAGAACAUGUGCAAGCUGAAGCCGCUGCUGCAGAAGUGGCUGGACGACGCCGAUCGCACCAUUCAGGCCACCGGAGGAGUCUUCGAUCCUGCGGCCCUGCAGGCCACCGUGAGCACCCCCGAGAUCAUUGGUCGCCGCCGCAAGAAGCGCACCUCGAUCGAGACCACCAUUCGCGGGGCCCUGGAGAAGGCCUUCCUGGCCAACCAGAAACCCACUUCCGAGGAGAUCACCCAGCUGGCCGACCGCCUGGGCAUGGAGAAGGAGGUGGUGCGCGUGUGGUUCUGCAACCGCCGGCAGAAGGAGAAGCGCAUCAACCCCUCGCUGGACAGUCCCACGGGCGCCGAUGACGACGAGUCCUCCUAUAUGAUGCACUAAGGGGUCAGGUCAAGGGUCACGGAUCGGGAGCGGAAUUGGGCCUAAGGGAGGUCACAUUCGGGGACAAAGACAGUGCAAUGUGCGGGAGAAAUCUAAGGAAGCUUAGCAACAGCAGGUUCAAAGUCGCAAACGCAAACACAUCAAAUACUAGCAUAAUUCUGUACUACGGAUAGGUAUCGACUCCUACACAAAAUGGGGUUUGCUUAUGUUAACUAUUAAUGGUAUUUAUUUUAAUGGAACUCUAUUGAAAAGUCUAUCCAAAAUAUUGCUGUUCAAGUGAACUCGUUAACAUUUCACAACGAAGUUCGCUUGAUCACCAACAUUUUAUGAUCAUAAGGAAAUGAUAUUUCUUGCUCCGAGGAGCAAAUAAAUUCCAUUUCCUUAUGAGUUUAUGUGACAUUUGUGUAUUACUAAUAUUUAAGUACAGUCUCUGCACAAUUUUUAAAGUCAUCAUAAAGAAUUCCUAGCGAAUUAUUAUAAAGUUAAACACUAUCCACAUCAAAACAGUAGACUAGUUUUAAGGCAUAUUUAUUUUUCGCGUGAAUACUGUGAUAAUCAAUUUGAAUGAUUUUAAUUUUAAUUAAAACAAAAAGAAAACAAAGGAAAACAAUGUAAACAUAAAGUAGCUGUACUUUGUAUGUUAUGGGCAAGUAAACUAACACAAAACACAUUAAUUUAAAUCCAACGUAUUUAUGUGUAAAAACCAAUUGAAUUUAUGAAAAUGAAACAAGAAAACAUUUACAAUUGUAAAGCAUGAAAACACUAGAAUUUUUAAAUGUAUAACUAAAAAAGCAAAAAGAA